AGAAAAUUUAUAUUUUUCUUUGGUUUUGGUUUAUACUUUUAACGUUUCUAACACUAUUAACGUUAAUAUACAGGGUGGUAAUUAUAUUUUCACCACGUAUGAGGGUGUACUUGUUUCGUAUGCGAUUUAGGUUAGUGCGUCGAGACGCUAUUGAAAUAAUCGUUCGUCGUUCGAAGAUGGGCGAUUGGUUUUUAUUAUACUUAUUAGGUGAAAAUAUAGAUACAGUUAUAUUUCGUGAUGUUGUACAGGAUUUAGCCAAUCGUUUAGGACAUAACCAACACCACAGGGUGCCUGGACUGAAAGGUGAAAUACAGGAUGCAUGAUAUUGGGAGUAUUAGAAACAAUACAAAAUGCAAUUUGUCGUCUCAAUAUAACCAUCACCAACAACAACAACAAUAAAAACACCAAAACCGCUUUAGCAACAGCAUCAGCACCGGCUUCAAAAAAAAAUCUCACCAACGCAAUAAAAACGAAAAAAAAACAACGGAAAAAAUUUCAAAAAAAAGCGAAAACACAUUUUGGCCAUCGAUACCACACACCGCGCAUAAAAUAUUCUGCCAUAAUCACGUUCAUCUUUUUUAGAAAAGUAUAUUACAAUAUAAAGCCACUUGUGUGCGAAAUCAACGAUUUUAGACUAACCAAAUUUAAAAAAAAAAUAGUGUGUAUGACAGCGACGAGACGACUUGUGUAAACAAAUAUGUAUAUGUGUGCGAAUGUGCGUGUGUGUAGACAACAGAAUUAAGCGUAGCAAACGUAAGGAAUAGCGAUUAAGCGUGUGUUCGAGCAGAAGAUCUCACCAGCAUCCGUAAAUCAUCAGACGCACCACAUACUAAAUACUCAUUGCUUGUCAUAUCAUAUCAACAACUAUCGAAAAGGAGUACGACUGAGACGACACCCGCAAAAGAUUGCAUUUUUGUAGUGAACCAGCAAGGACAGCAAGUGGGCUGUGUGGCCGCCAAAUAGACAACAGGCAAUAGGCAACAGGCCGUGGACCACCCAACCAGCUAGUCAGCAACCUAAAGCCCUAAAGACCGCAAUAUCAUGAAAACAACAACAACAAUGCAUACAUAUGUACAUAUUCUUUAACAAACAAGGCACUAGAUCUAUGUUCAUGUAUGUAUGUAUGUGUGGGCGCGGCCGAAGGAGGAGUAACGACGCGUUUUUAUAAAAAAAAAAGUCUACUAAAAAUAAACCAACCAAAAAAAAUCGAUCAUUACGCAGCCAACAUAAAACAUACAAAACUAAAAUGCAUAGCUGAACAUACCUACAUACAUACAU